AUGGUUGUCCUCACGCCGGAGGAGUUGGCGGCCAAAAUGGACUCGCUUUCGAGGAUAAAAAAGCUGUCAUUCAGGGUGUCAGUGGGGGUUCUGGUUGGCAUCUCCGUGUGCUCAGCUCUCGCAAGAGCAGCAAUACGUCUCAGGAUGCGGCAGGGUUUAUGGCUUGACGAUUAUUUGCUCUUCUUCGCCGCCUUACUCCUGAUUGCGACUGCAGGAUUCAUGUAUUACAUAUGCGAUGAAAUCUACCUGGCCACCGUCGUUCGAGCUGAUUCGACGCUCAUAUUUCAGCUCCCAGCCGACGAAUUGACCCAUAUGAUCGAUCACGCGGUUCAAGAAAAUGCCGCGACGCUGAUUCUUGCCUGGACGGCGACGUUCUUCGUCAAAUUUUCCUUUCUUGCCUUCUUCAAAAUGCUUAUUCGCCAAGUUGCGGGGAUCAAGAAGUAUUACUGGGGUAUCGUGAUUUUCACAAUAUUUACGUGGCUCUUCCUCAUUUGUGAGCCUUUCAUCUUGUGCCCGCACUUUGGUAUCAAAUCUUUGACGUGCUUCGAUCAAUCACAAAACCUUCUCUACGUUUCCAUGACUGGACUGAUAACAGGACUAGACGUCCUUACAGAUGUUCUAAUCGUGACCAUACCUAUCUUCAUUCUUCGCCGAGUAAAGAUGAGGUUAAUGCAAAAAAUCGCACUCGGGACAUUUCUUUGCCUUUCUUUGAUGAUGGCUAUCAUGGCAAUCAUUCGUGUGAGCGGCAUCACCGGCGUCGCAGGUGUAGAUAUACCUUGGACCUUUUUCUGGCAGUUUACGGAGGCGAGUGUCGCGGUUCUCAUGGGCUCACUGACCGCUUUUCGAACUCUACUCGUGGGCCAUGUUGGCAGAAACAGUGAACCCAAACGUUCUUGGCCAUAUUCUCGUUACCGGAUAUAUAAAUGGGGAGGGAGGAAGGUUAGUGCCGACGACGAGACCCAAGAGGGCCUCCCUGAGGUGCCGGGCGCAACUAUGACUGGGCUCCGUACCUUUAUUCGGCGCAACAAUAGAGACCCCUGUCUUGCCACAGCCAAUAUGACGACGCACACUAUGUUCAGAGAGCCGUCAAAUGAGAACAACGAUCAAUAUAUGCCAAACGAGGGGGCAAUAAGGGCUUCGACAGAAGGAAGGCAUGCUCAGCCCACCCAGUCUUACCAACUUCAAGACAUAACAGACCCGAGGUCCCAGCAGCCCGUCAAGCAUCCGAUAUCUACCUCCUCCCAUGAAUACACUGGAUUUAGGGAGGACCAAACACAGGGUUGGUCGUCCCCGCCGACAUCAUUUGGAGAAUCGACUACUAUUAGGAGAUGA